UAGCGAGUAACUUUUAGUUCUGAAACCUCUAACACUAACAUCCUGUUAUCCCCUCUCUGAAGUAAGCGCAGUAAAGGAAGCAGGGUGUUAAAUAAAAAAGAUCUAAAGAAUAAACAGAAGAAGCAAAAAGGAGAACCAUAGAAAUAGAAUGACGCACGAAAAACUUCAGACAACCAAAGUGGGCAUGCCGGCGAAAAAACAUCAGAAAUGAAUCCAUUACUAUUGGAAGAUUCAGCAAUGAGCUGAUAUGAUGAAGUGACGUCUUUCUCGGCAAGAAUACAGCCACAGAAUGACACUGAUGUCCCAGAGAAGAGAAUCUACAGCUGACUCUAGAUUACCCCAGCAACUAAAGGUUUUUCUGCGGAAAGGGACAUGAACUGGAAACUGUCUGGUUGAUAAUUACCUUGGACAUAUAGGUUUGUAAUCGGAAGACUUAUUUUACCACAGGUUGACAAAGAUAAGGUCUUCAAAUGCACUGUCUAAAUCAUUUUUUUUCUGGAUUAAGAAGCUGUUUUUUUUUUUACUGCCAGCCUUCCUAUACCAAUGCCUCCAACAAGAGCAGCUCCAGAGACACCAGUCAGGCUCAGUGACUGUGCCAAGACUUUAGUGUCAUUGGUUUAUAUCCUCCUGCUUCUGGUUGGAAUCCUAGGGAACACUCUAGUUAUUAGAGUACUGCAGAGCAUACGUGGUCGACGUGGAGUCCAGACCUCCCUCAGUCAUCACAUGUGCAGCCUGGCAUCCUGUGAUAUUUUACAGCUGGCACUUGGCAUUCCAGCUGAGUUAUAUGGCAGCAUCUGGAGCCCCUUCCCAUGGCCACUUGGAACCAUUGGCUGUUCUGGCUUCUACUACCUGUGGGAAGUGCUCUGUUACGCUGCAAUUUUUAAUGUGUUGUCCUUAAGCUGUGAGAGACACCUUGCUACUUGCCAACCGCUAAGCCUCCAUCUGCGUCAGUCCUCAAGGCUGCGCCUACGGAUAUGCUUACUAUGGGUCACUUCUUUUUUGGCUGGGCUGCCCAUGCUGUUUUCAAUUGGCUUGGAAACUAUUAAUGUGAAAGCUAUCAAGGAGGAGCCUUUUGAAGUGCAGGUGUGUACUCCAUUACGACAAAGGAUGGGACUUUUUAUUACAAGUGUCUGCAUAUCCUUCCUAACCUAUCUAGGAGUGUUGAUGGUGGUGGUUGUAACUUGCUGGAGAAUGAGGAGAGCUUUGCAAGGUAAUACAAGUCUAGAAGUCACAGGACCCAAUGGAUCCAUUCAGCUAUUGGGCCGUUUCUCUGGUGGUCAUACAGCAGUGCGCCGGCAAAAUGCUAAUCUUCUCGGUUGGAUAGUGGGUGUGCUAGCUGUUUGCUGGCUGCCAUUCCAGGCACGACGGCUGAUGACUAUACUGCGUUCUAAGGACCAAUGGACGGAGACUUACUACCGUUCCUAUAUCACACUGCAACCAAUCACCAAUUGCUUCUAUUAUCUCAGCGCUUGUCUCACUCCCCUGCUCUACAACCUGACAUCCCGCAACUUCCGCAGAUGUUUUUUGCACAGCAUUUCACCAUGCAUGAAGAGACUUCCACUGGAAUCUGGAUCAUGGGAAGCCCAGUGUAGAUAUCAGGGCAUUAGACUGUCUGUGUUACAGCAGGAAACAUGUGAUAGGUGAUAGAAUACUAAUAACUGGCUUUGCCUUGCAAACAAU